AUGUGGCGACGAGCUUCUCGUGCCGCGAUUGCGGCAUCGUUCCUGUUGUUCUCCGUCGCAAGCGCCAUUCCACACGGGGAUGACCACUCUAUGGACAUGGACAUGGACAUGGGUAUGCAAAUGAAUAGCACGAAGCCAGAGCACCCCCCGGAGGCAAGUGAGGACUCUCCGAUGAGUUAUUUUGCAUAUGGGAAGCACUCCAGCACGAUAAUGGCCCACAUCGCUCUGAUGACCAUUGCCUGGUGUUUUCUACUCCCUGUUGCCGUCAUGCUUAGCAUGGCCCGUUCCCGAUACGCGCUCGUUUCGCAAUUCUUCUUUUUGGUGUUGAAUGCGCUGGGUCUGCUCGUUGGUAUCAUUUACAACAGCCAGACUCCGGAUCUCUAUGAGAACAAUGCCCACCACAAGAUUGGAUGGAUCGCGACUUGGGUCAUCAGUGCGCAAGUGAUCAUGUCGUUGCUAUUUGCCUACGCAGGAAGAGGCGAGUCGGAUUCGGCCUCUUAUGAACGCGCCGCGUUCCUGCCCGUGUCCACCGACGAGAUGGCCGAAAGCCCGACCACCUAUCCCAAUGGCAUUCAUCACGGCUAUCGCUGGUCCAGGGACAGUGGCCAGGGUACCGAGCGCAAUUCCUCCUCUCUACACAGCCGCCCUAGCUCUCCGUCUUGCGCAUCUCCCUCGGAUGAAUGCGAUACUUUCGACAAACCAGAGCUCGACGUUGACGAGAAACCCGCCCCGGCGCGUGGAUGGCUGCGCAGCACUUUCGUCGACCGCUUCUUGGCUAGUCGCGUACCAGGCUUAGUUUCCGGCCGGGCGCUUCGAAUCCUCAACGGCAUUUAUCUGGUUGUCGACAGGCUCAUCCUUCAGUUUGGGUUCGUUGCCAUCGCUACCGGUGCCGUGACAUACGGUGGUAUCAUGAGAGGAAACGAAAUCUUCAAUGGCCUCGCGCACUUCAUCAAGGGUGGCAUUUUCUUCUGGUAUGGUUUGUUGACUCUCGGUCGAUUCAUGGGCAGCUACGCCGACCUCGGCUGGGCCUGGAACGUGAAGCCGUCCAGUGAGAUUGUUGGCAAAUGGAAAGCCAGAAUUCCCUCGGGGGAGUUUACGGAGUCGUUCGUGAUCUGGCUGUAUGGUGUCACCAAUGUGUUCCUCGAACAUCUUGCCGGCUGGGGAGGCGCAUGGUCUCCUUCUGAUCUCGAGCACGUUUCAAUUUCCAUCCUCUUUUUCGGAGGCGGAUUGUGUGGCAUGCUUUUCGAAUCCAAACGCGUGAAAGACCUGCUCAACUGUACUGUUUUGCGACCGGCCUCCCACAUCAACUCUCGUACCUCCGAUGCUGCCUGGAUCCUUCCCGACACCCAGAGCGUGUCCCUCAACCCGAUGCCUGCUCUGGUCAUCCUUCUCUUGGGCAGCAUGAUGGGAUCGCACCAUCAAACGAGCAUGAUUUCGACCAUGGUGCACAAGCAGUGGGGCAAUCUCUUGGUUGGCUUUGCGGUCUCCAGAGCAGUGACUUAUUUCUUGUUGUACUUGAAGCCUCCGACCUCGUACUUACCCGCUCGUCCUCCCACCGAAAUCGUUGCCGCGUUUUGUUUGAUUUCAGGUGGAUUGGUCUUCAUGCUUAGCACUCGCAACGUGGUCGAAGCUAUGGAAUACUAUGAACUCGAUGCCAUGUUCACUUUCACCGUCAGCAUGGGAUUGACGGCUUUUAUCAUGGCAUGCGAAAUCUUGGUCAUCGCUCUCAAGGCAUGGGCAGUGAAACGCGAGUCUCGUCCUCAGCUCCCUGCCUACCAGUUCCCGGCCUAA